UGUAAACUAACAUAUCGAAGUAAUGUCACUUCACUGUGUUCACAAACAGUUUGAUACAGAAUCAAAGGAUAUUGGAAAAUCUGCAGAAGCGAUGAACAACGAAGAAUUGGUGGCUGCAAUUGUGAAAUGUACCAACUUUGCUGCUAUAAAGCAUACAUCCCAAAGACGUUGCAAUGCAGCAAAGACUCCCUACAUAAAUCAUCCUAUUGGCGUUGCUAAUAUAUUAGUCGAAGAGGGAGGUAUUUACAGUCUUCCUGUUAUAAUGGCAGCUCUUCUCCAUGAUACAGUUGAAGAUACAGACACGACUUUUGACGAAAUUAAAGAGCAUUUUGGUGAAAAAGUGUGUAGCAUCGUAAAAGAGGUCACAGAUGAUAAGUCUCUACCGAAGCAGGAAAGAAAACGAUUACAAAUUCUCCACGCUCCCAGCAGUAGCUAUGAAGCAAAACUAGUCAAAUUAGCUGAUAAGCUUUACAAUUUGAGAGAUUUAGAAAAAGAAACUCCUGUUGAAUGGACUGAGGAAAGAGUUGAUGAAUAUUUCAAGUGGGCCGAAUCCGUCGUUCGCGGAUUGAAAGGAACAAAUGCGAACUUGGAACAAGCUCUCGAUGAAUUAUUUCAGCGGCAUUCUACAAAAAAGAAUAAUAUUUGA